ACAACUGUCAGUGUGAAUUUCUUACAUAAAACAGGAUUAAAUGAGGUUAGUUUUCCACAUUACAAAUAAUGUCGGUUUUAUUUAGAAGGUUUCCGAAUUACGGCAAAUUCACAACGCAAUUACUAUUCAAAGAUGUAGAAAAACAAUUAAUUUUUAAACACGUUAGUACAAACACAGCCGGUAAUGUAAAAUCACCGAGAGGUUUUAUAAAACUAUCUUUGGUGGGGCUGAGUGUGGGUGCUUUAGUCGGUACGGGUUUUUCUAUUCACAAAAAUAAUAAAACAACGACUCAUAUAAUAAACGAAGAAACUACUAUACCUCCAUUGAAAGAAAUACCAAAAAUCCCUCCAACUAGAAAGAUGGUUUAUCCUGGUAGUCCACAAGGUUUAAAAUUAACACUAUAUCAAUAUCAAACUUGUCCAUUUUGUUGUAAAGUAAGAGCUUAUUUAGAUUAUUAUGGAAUAUCUUAUGAUGUAGUUGAAGUAGAUGCAGUAUUAAGACAGUCUAUUAAAUGGUCACCUUAUAAGAAGGUUCCUAUUUUAGUUGCUGAAAUUGAAGAGGGAUAUCAACCUAUGAAUGAUAGUUCAAUGAUAAUUUCAGCAUUACAAUCUUACCUCCAAGAUAAAGGUGGUUCAAUAACUGAAAUUGUUAAAUGUUAUCCUUCAAUUUCUUAUGAAGAAGAUGGGUCAAAAAAAGUUGAUAUCAUGAAUAAAUACUUUAUUAUGUACAAUGGAAUUAAUCCUAAUCGAACAAAAGAAGAAAUGGAAGAAGAACGUAAAUGGAGAAAAUGGGUUGAUGGUGUUUUAGUGCACACACUUUCCCCAAAUGUUUAUAGAACACCAGAAGAAGCUUUCCAAGCUUUCAAUUGGUUUUCAGAUACUGGUGAAUGGGAUAAACAUUUUCCAGCUUGGGAACGUUACAUGAUGGUUUAUGUUGGGGCAGUUGCUAUGUGGCUUAUUUCAAAAAGAUUAAAAGCAAAGUACAACUUAAAAGAAGAUGUUAGAUUAUCACUUUAUGAUGAAUGCAAUAAAUUCGCUAAAGCUAUCCAUCUAAAAGGAACUUCUUUUAUGGGUGGAAACGAACCAAAUUUAGCAGAUUUAUCUGUUUAUGGUGUACUGAGCAGUAUUGAAGGUUGCGACGCGUUUAGAGAUCUUUUGGAGUACAGUAAGAUUAAAAAUUGGUAUCUUUUGAUGAAAGAUACUGUUCAAAAUCAUAGAGGCAUGAGUUUUGGUUAAUUUUUGUCUAUGUGAUGGUUGUGAUAUGUUAUUUGACUUUAUUUCUCUAUUUAGUUUAAUAAAUGUUAUUGUUAGCUUAUUAAAAAAAAGUAAAUAUAUUAAAAUAUUUUA